AGAGAGGGAGAGAGCAACAGUAAGAGAGAGGAGGAGAGAGAGAAAGAGAGACACCAAACUGCAGAACUGGAUCAGAAAGCAAAGCCUGAAUGAGACCGUGUAUGUGAGAAAGAGGGGAACAAGUGGAGGAAAGAGUUUCCGAAAUACUAACAUUUUGUCUUGGGAAGGAAAAUUAUAGGCUGCUGUAGGAACUAGUCCGGUGGAUGAAGAUACCAUGUGGUUUUUAUGUUGGGAAAUUGUUAUUUAGCUCCCUUUUUCUCAACCAAAGAAUCUAAUUGCUUUUGGAGGGUGAUAUUUUCUUUUUAAUUAAGGAAAAAAAAGAAAGAGAGAGAGAAUAAGGCAUUGGGGUUUCACGUUGUGUCUAAAGAUCUGUGGGAGGUCAAAUCAAACAGGCAAAGAAUUGGGACCGACAGAGAUGAAGAAGUUCAAAGGAUUUUUGUGCCUCUGGCUCAAACGGUUGGAAUGGUUUUACCCGUAGGUUUGUGAAAAGAGGCGCCGGUGACACGCUGGGGAAAUGCUGCAGUUUGGCUAGCCGGGGCGAGUGGAGCGGACAGUGACACCAGGAGAGACUCGGGAGGUUAGGUACCAGUAAGGAGCUCAUCAUUAGUUCCCAGCCAGUUCCCAGUGGGCCCUGGAUACAAAUGUUAUUUAGCCGUCUUCACUCGCUCUGAAUCGUGUUGUCAGCUGUCGUUCGGAUUACAAGGGAGGCAUGAGUGUGGGCAUGAACAAGCGCUACAGCAUCGUGUCUUCAGAGGAGGAAGGACUGCGGCUCACGACCAUGCCGGGAGUGAAUGGCUUUGGCAACGGCAAGAUCCACACCCGCCGGAGGUUCCGCAACCGCUUCGUCAAGAAGAAUGGCCAGUGCAACGUUCAGUUCGCCAACAUGGACGAGAAGUCCCAGCGCUACAUAGCCGACAUAUUUACCACCUGUGUUGACAUCCGCUGGAGGUAUAUGCUUCUGGUUUUCAGCCUGGUGUUUGUGCUGUCCUGGCUGGCAUUUGGGUUAGCCUUCUGGGUGAUCGCGCUCUUGCACGGGGACCUGGACAAUCCUGCAGGGGAUGAAAACUUCACCCCAUGUGUGCUCCAGGUAAACGGCUUCGUGGCGGCAUUCUUGUUCUCCAUCGAGACUCAGACCACUAUUGGCUACGGCUUUCGCUGCGUGACAGAGGAGUGUCCCAUGGCCGUCUUCAUGGUGGUGUUCCAGUCCAUUGUGGGCUGCAUAAUCGACUCUUUCAUGAUUGGGGCAAUCAUGGCAAAAAUGGCCCGGCCCAAGAAGAGAGCCCAGACACUACUUUUUAGCCACAAUGCUGUAAUCGCACUGAGAGAUGGCAAACUCUGCCUCAUGUGGCGAGUUGGGAAUCUAAGAAAGAGUCAUAUUGUGGAAGCCCAUGUCAGAGCGCAACUGAUAAAGCCUCGGGUCACAGAGGAGGGCGAAUACAUACCUUUAGACCAAAUAGACAUUAAUGUUGGGUUUGAUAAAGGUCUAGAUCGUAUCUUUCUGGUCUCCCCUAUAACAAUCCUCCAUGAGAUUGAUGAAGAAAGCCCGCUCUUUGGCAUCAGCAAACAGGACUUGGAAACGGCCGAUUUUGAGAUAGUGGUCAUACUCGAAGGGAUGGUGGAGGCCACGGCAAUGACCACGCAAGCACGCAGCUCGUACUUGGCCACAGAGAUCUUGUGGGGUCAUAGGUUCGAACCUGUCCUCUUUGAGGAGAAAAAUCAGUACAAAGUGGACUAUUCCCACUUCCACAACACCUAUGAGGUACCGUCGACCCCGCGCUGCAGUGCCAAGGACAUGGUUGAAAACAAGUUCCUGGUCCCUACCACAAAUUCUUUCUGUUAUGAGAAUGAGCUUGCUUUCAUGAGUAGGGAUGAGGAGGAUGAGGAAGACACUGACAGGGCACUGGAUGACUUGAGUCCUGAUGUCAACAGCCGGCAAGAGUUUGAAAGGCUACAGGCCACCUUAGGAAUGGAACAUAUGCCAUUCCGGAGAGAGUCUGAAAUUUGACCUCGGCCUUUGACCCGGCAUCAACUUUUAAUUGCAUUUCCUCAAAUGCUUUAUUUCACUGAAUAAAUGCAGAACAAUGCAAGUGCCAUAGGAAAACAUAACUACUGUAAUAGCGCUAUAAAGUCAAGGGACAAUAGCUCUUAUUUUCAAUCUCAAAGCAAAAGGAAAAAAAAUGAGACAAACGUGAGUGAAAACAGAACGCAUCCUAGUCAAAGAGUGAUCAGAGAGGAAUUCUUAUAAAAACUUGAAUUUUUUCAUAUGGUAGAGCAAGCUGAAAGCUUUACACGACAAAAUAUUUUAAAAUCCCAUCUUCAGAUGGGUUAAUCACAGACUUAGGGUGUAAAUAGACAGCUUAGAUAAGUAAUAUUUUGUGUGAAGCAUUAUUAUGAACAAAUCUAUUUAAAAACAUAAGUCUUUUGGUAUGUUAACCUGCUAUUUGGUACAAAACGACCGUAGUACUGCCAGUGGAAGGGGUGCAAUCCCACACCUGCCAUAUAGAAAAUCUGGAUUUUCACAUACAAGUCCAUAGGUCCAGUGACAAAAUUCCUUGGAAGUGCAUUGCUGCAUCUGACAGUAAAUGAGCCGCAUAAUGCAAGUGUGGGGUGGCAUAGUGUCGUUGUUACUGAGGUGAAACACCAAGCUGCUACGUGGCGAAAACGACCGCAAGGAAAAAAGACACGUCUGGCAACUUAUCAAAGACUCAGCACUAAUUUGCACUAUUAUUUGAGGAUCAUCACAUUAUGUAUGUUGCACAUUUACAUCAGUCUCUCAGUGACUUUGCUUUGUUUUCCCAGACUGAUCGGUUCUUUGAUUUUAGGUUACUAGCAGAAACUACUCUACGUCAUUAAAACGCAGUCAUCAAACAGUCACACACAAGGCGCACAAAUACUGAACCUAAAACAGCAUUUUUAAGAUAACUAUUAAAUCACUUAUCUGAAAAUGACAGCUUUUUUAGUAAAUGCAUGGCAGUGAUAUUCAUAUGUAUGUAUUAAAUAUUAUUUACAUCCUCUCCACUUGAAGCAAAUUAAACUGAGAUUAUCGAAUUGAGAGAUUACAGUUUAUUAAACUGUUUUUACGUCCGUCACUUUGUUACCUGUAUCUAUGCACAUCAGAAAUUUUAUUGGAAGGUAGGAGUUCUUGAAGAAGUGUUGACUUUACAUAUUAUCUAACAGAUUCCUCUGCAAGACACCAAGCAGAAAUACUCAGAAGUUAAACAAAUCGAUUUUGUAGCAUAUUCCUGGGGCAAUAUUGCCCUAGCAAUGAGUAAUUACCAAUAAUUUAGAUGGAAUAAUGAAUGCAUUACAAUAAUUACUACAGCAUUAUUAAAUUAUCAAAAACCAUGGACAUUUUCAAUAGGAAAACAUGAGGUGAGGAUGAAGAGUACUGAUGUGGAGAAUAAGCGUCUUUUGUUCAUUCUUGAGGAUUAUGGUCACAUAAUUUUCCGGAUAUGAACAUAAGUGGGAUUAAGACAUAAGGCACCUCUAUGGACAAAGCUUCUACUUACCCAGAUCAUAUUGAUCUAACUGAUCGGUGGUGCCUGUCUUAAAGCACAUGGACAUGGGCCGAACGCCAAACGUCCAGGGAACCACGACUGUCAGCCAGCACCGUGGAGAGGAUAGCUGAGUCUCAGCAGAAUGGUGCGAAACCCAUCCUGAAGGCUGGCGGGUAAAAACCAGAUGAGAGGAAGUGCGCUCGGCACGGCGGUAUAUGUGGCAGUAUCCGGCUUCUUUUGUUUUAGAAAUUUCAUUUUUGGUCUGACUCCUUUGUGACUUUAUAACCUAGUAGAGAAUUCUAAAUUCUAAAGCUGCAGAAAGUGAGACUUAGACUGCAUGGCUUAGAUUUUCGAUAGCGUGGUAUCAACAUUUAGUGACUAAUGUAACUCAUAGUUAAGGUGAACCAAGAUCCGACUCCCCCCCCCCCCCCAAAUCACCUUAUCCUUGCUAACAGGGUUGCUAAGCAGAUUAGGAUAGUGGGUAACUGCUGAUUAUGUAGAGCACAUCCUUGAACUUUAAGGUAUCCUUUUAAGUCCGACAACAAAAAUUAAACAUAAGACCACUCUGCCAUAUACUUUAGAAUGGUGUACUAUUCAGACUAGAAUAGACUAGAGACAACUAGAGAAAAACACCUUAUUCGCUUGGAAACAGAAAAAAAAAAACAUAAAUUCAUGACAAUAAGACAAGACUAAUUACUUCACCAUAAAUCAAAUUUGUGGAAACAGAUUAUGGGCCACAAUUUCAUUACAAGUUGGAUCAUUUCAUCACCAACAACACCCAAAAUUGCAUUUCUGCUAUUCCCACAAGAAAUGCACGAUGCUACAACAGUCAUGGCCUUCGUAAACAAAUUUCAAACUGGGCUUUGCGGGCAAAAUACAGAAGUGUUAUAAAUAUUGGAUAGACAGGGAGGUUGCUGUUUAAUUUUUUAGAGAAUACAUUUCCUUCCGUUGUUUCUGUACAGUCUAAAUGAUAGGCCUCAAGGCUUCACCUUUCCCCCACUCAUUUUCAGCAACUCAUUCCCCAACUAAGAGUGCUUCCCAUACACAAAACCCAACAUAGCUAUAAGAAAGUCUCUUCAACCAAGUGGAUUCAUUUUUGGCCCAAAUGCACUUCAUCACCUGCAAAGAAGCUAGCUAUAUUUUCUGUUGAUAUAAUUUCCGAGAAGAAAAGCAAUGCGUUGAGGACAAAGCGGAAGUAUGGUGUGUUGGAAGACCACCCAGCCUACAGUGUAGUGCCUAGGAAAAGCAAUAAACAAAGCGAAAGUGGACAGACUCAGCAAUAACUACUGGAACGCACCUUUGUUCACUAACAAGUAUACUGACCCAUUUGGUUUUGUUCGACUGGAGAUUGAAAAGGUCUCGUCACUGACAUUCACAACAUGUUUGUCCACAACAAUCAACCACUCUGCAGUGGUUGUUUCCUCAAGGAUAUGAACUGCUGAACAGGCAUUUAAGAAAAGAAAAGAAAUUCUGAGGAUGCUGCCAUCCCAGAGGGGGCAGAAUGUCGAGACUCAUCUGGACUAAAUUAGAAGUCUUGGGGUGGGGGGGUUGAUUAUCCACAUCAGAAAAAGCAGCAAGGUAUUGAUGCACCCUGUGCUUUGGCUGAACUCUCUGCAUUCUGUACUUUAGGACAAAUGCUUCUCACCUUGACGUUUUUAAACUAUUACUGUUACUGUAAAAUGCCUGCUGUUCCUCAUACUGUAUGCUGAACUGGGUUUAAACUUCUCAAAACUUUUGUUUUUCUGUAAUGGCACAGGCUACAUUUUUGAGGUCUGCCUUACACUUUGCACAGCAAGGGCAUAGAUUUGGGUAUGGAGGGUACUGACAUGUCCCUGUCAAUAUUGUGGGAGUGCCCAGUGUGUGAAGGGGGGUCCCGAUCAAUGCUGAAACCAAAGCUACGCCCUUGUUGUGCAUGUUGUCUUCUGUGAAGCAUCAGGUGACAUUUCACACAGUAUUUUUCACACUGUCUUACCCACACCUGUCACAUACUUCACUUUGUUCAUCUCAGAUAUACAAUUUUUACCAAUGACAGAUUCUUCACUACAUAAAUCAACAGGCUCCUGGUCAUAGGUGAACUGUUAGAUCACAUUAAGUGUGUCCUAGUCUGACAUCCUAAGUUUGACUCCUGGGUAAUCAUUUUGCGUCUUCUUUGCCACCUGUCAGAAUAAUUUCUAGCUAUUAAACGAGUAGGCACAUAGUUUAAAACUAGACACUUAAACUGAGUUGCUUUUUUCAUCUUUGCCCCCAAAACAGCACCACAGAUAAAUAUCUGUGAAUAAAGAACACAAAAUGUGCAUCAUACAUGUUUGAAGGCAAGAAAAAGGACCGUUUGAAACGGAUUCCAUCUGUAUUGGCCAAAAAGUUUGUACAUUAUCAUUAUCAUUCAUUUAUUCACUGAUGAGGGGGGCAAACAGUAACUUUCCAGAUCACAAAAAGACACGUAGGUAAUAUUCUCAAGGUGAAAAGAGUUUUUGCUCCCGCCCUAAUCUGUAUGCUUUGUACUGCCUUCUGGGAAGGCUCUUGUAACCUGUUGUGUGAAACCGUUGUUCCUACUAUAGGAUGUGAGGCCUCUCUAGAAUGUUUGUGGUUCUCACUACAUGUAACCAUGGUAAUAAUGUAUCAUUAGCUUCUAUGCUGCAUCAUGGGAAUGUAUGAAUCAUUAUGCUUUUGACUUGUAAAUUAUUAGUUUUAUUUGUUAAAAAAAUCUGAUCCCACUCUUUAAAAGCAAAUGUACUGGGUACACAAAGUAAGUGAAAAAUGUGGAUACCUGCUCAAUAUUCACACAAAUCAACCUAUUUAUUUUUAUACCUAAUAGAUUAUUUUCCUGACAUCAGAUAGGAAAAUCAUCUUGUAAAGAUGGGUUUUUACAGGUUUUUCUUGGCAACUGUAAUGACAUAAAAGUACACAUCUAAGAUAAA